CAGUGGUCGUAUGACGGAGCUUGUCGAGUAUAAUGAGGCUGAAUAAUGAGCCUAGAUAAUGUGAUGGAGGUGUCCUUAGCUGUGUUUAUGGUUCAAAUAACGCUGUUUUCCAUUGUCGACACUGCCCAUCCAGGUUGCGAAUGCGUCGUUUUCUCUGCCACCUUCGGCAAAGAGAAGGGGGUCUUCAAAAGUCCGGAUUAUCCAAAGCCAUACUUGCCGAAUAUCGAUUGCCUGCUCUACACUUUUCUGGGAAGCUCAGACGAGAUUAUAGAGAUCAAUUUCAUGGAUUUCGACGUACGUAGCAGAGGAGAAACAGAAUGCAUGCGAGGAGAUUAUUUGAAAGUUUUCCUCCACUUGGAAAGUGGUGACGUGAACGAGUACACCCCCUGGGAGAGGUUGCUAUGCGGUCGGCUGGCUGACAUCCCAACAAUACUGUAUUCUUCGGGACCGGGAUUAGUGCUCGAAUUUCAUACUGGACAACUUUCCGUGAAUGCGACCGGAUUCUCUGGAACGUUCAGAUUCAUCGAUAAGAAAAAGUACAAGACCGCUGGUAUGAAACUUCCUAAUACUAUGUGUGAUUAUCAGUUCCUGAGUUCAAAUCAUCAGCCCAGUUAUGGACGAUUUUAUUCCCCAAGAUAUCCAUCCAAUUACCCGAGCAAUAUACGAUGCUCCUAUAGAUUUAGAGCGAGAUAUGGAGAGUAUGUUCGAAUAAUGUUUGAAGAAGUGUACUUACAGAAAGGUGAUAUCAGCUGCCUGAAUAGGGCCGACAUCAUUAGAGUAUACGACGGAAAAACCUCAACGGAUCAAGCGAUAACUAUCCUCUGCAACGAAGGCACAGAAAUUGAGGUACUUUCGACCGGUCCGGAGCUUUUCGUCGAGUUUGUGGCGAAUUCUGAUCAGCCAGGCCGAGGAUUCAGAGCCAGUUUCCAAUUCCAGCAGGGCAUCGAUAAUUCAGUAGAUUUACCGAAUUCUCCACGACAGAGUGGCAGCAUUGUCGAGGCUGAAGGAGAGCCCAGUGCUAGUGAAGCCAGGUCCCAGUGUGAUAUAAAUAUAAUAAGUGAUACCAAUAAGAAUGGAACCAUAGUGAGUCCCAAUUAUCCAGCACCAUAUCCUCCAAAGACAACAUGUAGAUACGAAUUUCAAGGUAGAGGGAAAGAGAGGGUCCAAAUAGUCUUCCAAGAAUUUAAUUUAUACAAUAUACCUGGAUCGAAAGACUGUGAUGGCCAGGAUUCAUUAAUAGCCUAUGUCCAUAUAGAUGGUCGAAUGGAAAAAAUCGACACCUUCUGCGGAAGUAUAUCACCAAAACCGGUAAUGUCUAAUGGUCCUCGUCUGAAAUUGGAAUUUCAAAGUCUUUAUGCUGCCAAAUAUCCGAGAGGUUUCAAAGCGUUGUACAGUUUCACAGAAAAUUUCGGGAUCAGAACCGGCACGCAACUACCGGACUAUCCAUGUGCCUUCGUUUUCAAUAGUAAUGAAUCAAGAACUGGUAUUUUCUACAGCCCUAAUUAUCCUGGAUCGUAUCCCCGAGACACGGAAUGCCAUUACUUCUUUCACGGAAAUCACGACGAAAAAGUUCAUUUACAUUUCAACUACUUCGAUAUUGAAGGAGUACUACCGUGUGAGGCAGUGUCAGCCAGCGAUUAUGUCGAAUUCUCUAACUACAUGGCCCGCGAUAGAAAAUACUCCAGGCACUGUGGCCAACUGGAAGAAUUUGACGUCGAGUCUGACAGAAAAUUUUUCAGAGUCACAUUUCGCUCAAACGAUCGUCUGGAUGGGACAGGAUUCAAUGCCACCUAUCACUUUCUAAACGAAAUUGAAACCUACACGAAAAAGCCGUCGGCGUCAGUGGGAACGUAUGAAAGCUACCCGGAAUGGUGUUUCCACUACGGAUUCCUUGUAAUUUUAGCAAGAUUUCUUCAAUGAAGAAGAUAUCAGUGAGGAUCGAAGCAAUAUAGUUAAUGAAUAACAAUAAUGAAUUUUUGUACAUUCCUACUCUAUUUUUUGUUGAUUCUUCUGAAUUUAUUCGAUUUGAUUUGAGUUGGUUGGGUGCACAUUUAUUGAUUUGUUGAAUUAUAUGGUUAUAGUAAUUAAUUAAUUCUAUUUGAAGCAUCUCGAUCAACUCAAAUAUUUUCGAUCAUUCAAAAAGACUGUAUAAAUGUAAAAAGCUAGAUGAAUAAAGUGGUUGGGACAUA